CUCACAAAUACUCCAAAAUGUCAAAUGACAGUAAAAAAGUGAAAAAACAACCAUACAAAUAUUGUUUUGUACCAUCGUGUGCGAACUCAACUGUGACAAAACCGAAUAAAGUGUUUAUAACAGUUCCUGCGUGCAAAAAUAUUCGAUUAUGGUGUGAAGCCGCAGGUUAUUCUCGCCCAUUACUGGGCAGAAGUGACAUUUGCGAAGAUCAUUUCAAAUUAGAAGAGGAUUUGGAAAAUUAUAUGCGGUGGAAGAUGACAAAAGGUCCAAAAAAAUUAAAAGCAGGCGCCUAUCCUAGAUUCUUUCUAUCUCAAACGGUUGCUGAGAGUCAAUCAACAUCCCAACCACACUCGACUACAUCCACACAAUGCUCAUCAGUGCAGUCCAUCGGCUUUGAAAGGAAAUGUGCUGAGGGAAAGAAAUUGAAGUGCCCACAUUCAAAGCAGAGGAACAACCCUGAUGAUUCCAUCAAUUCUCCAGCAAAACAAGAAAGUUCUGCUGGCAACAUCCAUAGAAUCACCAGUGCAAACCCGAGUCACCGUAUACUCAAGAUAGAUCGCAGUAUACAGACAUCAAUAGUCACUUCCAAUAAAAACAUCCAGGUCAAGCCAACAUGUAGGCAUAAAGGUACAACUUUCCGAUUUCAAGAUAUUCCCAGCGUUCCACCACUGCCAGCCAGUGUAUCCGGGGCCUUACUGGAUGGAGUUCUGGCAAGUUGUAGUGGAAAUAAUUCGAGCCCCCAAAAGUCCAUUUUAAAUUCCUCAGAGAGUAAAAUUGAGAGCAGCGAUUCCAUAAAUUCAACACUCGAGGUAAUUGACAGUGAUAUUUUCAAUACUAGUAGCGCAUCCUCUACUAGUAAUCGCAGCCUAAAACUGCAUCAUUUAAAAAUUCAUAUUUAUGAGAAUGUCACGAAAUUAAUUAUUGAGGAUGAUCCCCUGUUAAUGAUCGGGAUACCGGAAAGUUCGAUGUAUGUAAUAGAUGAAUUAAUGUUGAUAACAAAUAUUCCUCGUAAAUAUAUAUAUAUAUAUAUAUAUAUUACGAUGAAAAAAAUUCGUCAGAAUGUUCCUUAUGCAAUCCUUGCAUAUGAUUUUGGAUUAAGCGAAUCUCAAAUAUCGAGAAUUUUUAAAAAUACUGUCACAAAAAUGGCAGCGAUACUCAAAGAGUUGAUAGUCUGGCCAUCGAAACAAGAAAUAGCCCUAAAUCUUCCAAUUCAAUUUCGAUUAAAAUAUGGACAAGUUCAAUCGAUAAUUGACUGUUUCGAAAUCCAAAUAGAACAUUUAACUCAUGCAGUACAUCAGGCUGCAACAUGGUCAGACUAUAAGAAGUGUAAUACUUGUAAGUAUCUGAUAUCCAUAACUCCUGAUGGAUUGAUUAAUUUCAUCUCCUGCGGAUAUGGCGGUCGCUCCAGUGACAUAGAAAUUGUAAAAAAUUCUGGGUAUUUGUCUGUUCUCCCUUCUGGGUCAUUUAUUCUCGCCGAUAGAGGAUUUAAACAAAUUGAAUCUUUGUUACACCAGAGAAACUGUAAACUUUUGCGACCUCCUUCGGUCUAA